GCAGGACGAAGCAGAGAAGAUUGUCCGACCGGCGAAUCUCAAAGCAACUGCUUCCCUUUCGUCGGAGAAGAGAUCAUCCCAAGCAGAGGUCAUGAGACGGACGGAUGGAUCGAAAGCUUACCUUUUCCAGUCAUCUUCUCCGGCAACAAGGGGCGCGUCGGCGCGGGCGACCAGAUGCCCGGCCUGUGCAAACCCACCGGCGAGAUGCGUGUCAGAGGCAAGGGUCGACGAGGUGGGAUUUUGGGAGUUUCUCGAGAAUGCAGGGAAGAGGGAGAAAAGAUGGAUUUGUCGGCUUGGGUAAUGCAGGGGAGAGGAAGUUGGAUUUGUCCUUAGGAGAGUGCAGUGGCAUGUUUGGUUUAUAGAAUAUAAUUUGAAAUUGGUAAUUAAUUAGACAAAUUGGUAAAUUUAUUUGAUUUAGGGCGAUCAAAAGUGAGUCUAA